CAAAAACAAUGGAAGAAUCGACAAUUCUUUACUUAUUUCUUUCAUUUAUAUCUGUCAUCAUUAGUUUGAACUACUUGUUUCAAUGGAGAAAACAUCCAAUAAAGCUUCCCCCAUGCCCACCUUCACUCCCCAUAAUCGGCCACCUUCACCUCCUAAAACCUCCCAUCCACCGUUUGCACCAUAGUUUUUCACAAAAAUACGGUCCCAUCUUCUCCCUCAAGCUCGGUUCCCGCCUCAUGGUCGUGCUGUCGUCUUCGGCUGCAGCCGAAGAAUGCUUGGUGAAGAACGAUGUCGUUUUCGCAAACCGACCCAAGUUCAUCAUCGCCAAGCACUUGGGAUACAAUUACACCACGGUUGUCUCAUCGUCUUACGGUGAUCAUUGGCGCAACUUACGUCGUAUCGGUGCCACCGAGAUAUUCUCGCCGGCUCGCCUAAACACCACUGUAAAUGCACGUAAAGACGAAAUGAGGCGCUUGUUGGCAAGACUAUCGAAUGCAUCGCGUGGGGAGUUUGCCAAAGUGGAGCUGAAAUCCAUGCUUUCCGACUUGACGUUUAACAACGUGAUGAGGACGGUGGCGGGAAAACGGUAUUACGGAGAUGAAGUGGCGGACGAAGAGGAAGCGAGGGAGUUUAGGGAGCUUAUGGUGGAGGUAGCGAAGAGGAGUGGAACGGGGAAUCCAGCAGAUUACUUACCGGUUCUGAAUUGGUUCGGUUUAGGGUUCGAGAGGGAGCUGAAAAAGCUUGCACAAAGAAUGGAUGGGUUCUUGCAGAAGUUGAUUGACGACCAUCGAAGCAAGAAGCUGCAAAAUAACAGUAUGAUUCAUCAUCUUCUUUCCAUGCAACAGUCUGAUCCUCUUUACUACACUGAUGAAAUUAUCAAAGGCUUCAUAAUGGUGAUCAUAAUGGCAGGAACUGAUACAUCAUCAGUGACAAUAGAGUGGGCAAUGGCCAAUCUGCUAAACCACCCACAAGUAUUGAAGAAAGCCAGAGAUGAAAUAGACAGUUUAAUUGGUGAAGAAAACUUGAUUGAGGAAUCAGAUGUUCCCAAACUUCAUUACCUUCAAAGUAUCAUGUAUGAGACACUCAGGUUAUACCCUGCAGCUCCUCUUCUCAUCCCACACAUGCCAUCUGCUGAUUGCACCAUAGGCGGAUACGACGUGCCGAGUGGCGCAGUCGUGUUGGUGAACGCGUGGGCCAUUCAUCGGGACCCGAAAGUAUGGGAUGAUCCGGAAAGCUUCAAGCCGGAGAGAUUUGAUGGUAAUGGUGAGAAAAUAGAGCAUUCUCACAAGCUGUUGCCGUUUGGGUUGGGCAGGAGGGCAUGCCCAGGGGCAAAUCUAGCUCAAAGAAUGGUGGGAUUGGCUUUAGGAUCAUUGAUUCAAUGCUUUGAAUGGGAAAGGAUUGAUGGGAAGGAAAUUGAUAUGAUUGAAGGUAAAGGAAGCAUCAUGCCUAAAGCUCACCCAUUGCAAGCUUUGUGUAAACCUCGUCCCAUAGUGAAUAAGGUUUCUUAUUAGGAUGUUUUGAUUCAAUUUGUUUAAAUGUUUGUCAUAUUUGGUUGAAUAU